CCGUGCGCAUGCGCCUGGCGCCGCUCCGGGCCCCGGUCCCGCCCGAGGCGGCCUGAGAGGCGCGGCGGCGGCUUCGGAGAAGCUGAGAGUCAAUUUCAUGCCUGGCUAAGGUCUCCAGUGCCCCAAGUGCCCUGCUAUGCUUCUCCUGGCACCAUGGAUGAGUACAGCCGCUUCGUGGAUUGGGACAAAAUGGAUGCUGGUGCCCAGAGCCAGGAUACGAAGGAUCUAACCUGCACUGAGUUCCAGGAGCUGAAGCAGCUGGCCCGCCAGGGCUACUGGGCCAAGAACCACUCUCUGAGGGCCAAAGUGUACCACAAGCUGAUCAGCAACAUCCCGUGCCGCACAGUGACGCCGGACGCCAACGUCUACCGCGACAUCGUGGUGAAGAUCGUGGGCAAGCGCAGCAGCAGCUCCCUGCCGCUGCCCGAGUUCGUGGACGACAGCCUGGUGCCCAGCUACUGCCUGAACGCCGAGGGCAUCGGGGCCGUCAGGAAGAUCAUCCUCUGCGUUGCCAACCAGUUCCCCGACAUCUCCUUCUGCCCGGCGCUGCCCUCCGUCAUCGCCCUGCUGCUGCACUACAGCAAGGACGAGGCGGAGUGCUUCGAGCAGGUCUGCCGCAUCCUGGCCUGCAACGACCCCUCCAAGCGGCUCAUCGACCAGACCUUCCUGGCCUUCGAGUCCUCCUGCAUGACCUUCGGGGACCUGGUGAACAAGUACUGCCAGUCGGCGCACAAGCUGAUGGUGGCAGUGUCCGAGGACGUGCUGGAGGUCUACUCGGACUGGCAGCGCUGGCUCUUCGGGGAGCUGCCCAUGGCCUACAUCGCACGGGUCUUCGAUGUCUUCUUGGUGGAGGGCUACAAAGUUCUCUACAGGGUUGCCUUGGCGCUCCUCAAGUUCUUCCACAAAGUCCGAGCAGGGCAGCCCCUGGAGUCUGACAGCGUCCAGCAGGACAUCCGAGCUUUCGUCAGGGACAUCGCCAAGUCCGUGUCCCCGGAGAGGCUGCUGGAGAAGGCCUUUGCCAUCCGCCUCUUCUCGCGGAAGGAGAUCCAGCUGCUGCAGAUGGCCAACGAGAAGGCUCUGCAGCAGAAAGGCAUCACGGUCAAACAGAAGAGUGUUGCAUCUCCCCAAAGGCAGAAUGUGCACUUAGCAGUUCAUGCUGAGAACUUCAAGUCUGAAAUUGUCAGUGUGAAGGAGAUGAGAGAUAUCUGGUCCUGGAUCCCAGAGCGCUUUGCACUGUGCCAGCCCCUCCUGCUUUUCACCACCUUGGAACAUGGUUGCAGUCUAAGCAGGUUCUACUCUCACAGUGAGGGACAUGAACCAACACUUCUCCUCAUCAAGACCACAGCCAAAGAGGUCUGUGGUGCUUAUCUCUCAACCGACUGGAGCGAGCGCAGGCGAGGAGGCAACAAGCUGAGCUUCUUUGGCACUGGGGAGUGCUUUGUGUUUAGGCUGCAGCCAGAGGUGGAACGCUACGAGUGGGUGAUCAUUAAGCACCCAGAGCUGGCCACAACGGGUUCAGAGCCAGAAAACCCUUCCUCCCCAGCUGCCAGCAUGCUGGCGUCCAGCAGUGUCCCAGCAGAGCCCUCGGAUCGCCUUUCCCCCUUCCUCUCAGCUCGGCACUUCAACCUGCCUUCCAAAACAGCCUCCAUGUUCAUGGCGGGCAGCAGCGAGUGCAUCAUCAUAGGAGGAGGCGAUGGGCAGGCUCUUUACCUCGAUGCAGACCUGAACCACGGGAGAACCAGCCACUGCAACACCUUCAACAACCAGCCCCUCUGCUCUGAAAGCUUCCAGAUCUCUGUCUUGGAGGUGUGGGGUUUCAGGGACAACAUGAAUGGUUGACAUGACCAUCCUCAACCAACCAGCUUGUCCUUGUCCUAGGAUUCCCAAGGCAGAUUCCAACACAGGAGCCAAGUUAGAACACAACUCCUGCUGGGCCCGGUGUGUUCUGGUGAUUACCAAGGGGUGCACUUGACUGCAGGGCUUAGUUGUUUACUGUUGUUUUAUUUAAGACAAGUCCAGGUGAAGUCUUAAGUUCAUGCAUCUUAACUCCUUCGCUUUUUACCUCUAGAGAUCUGCACUCAGGUCCUGUCAUUAGGCAAAAAAUGGGAAUGACUUCAGGCCAUCCUAAAAGGAUACAGGUCGGGGGUCCAGGAUAGGUUUGCAACUGGUUGCUGUCCCUCAGAGCACAGAGCUGGCUGAGGAUUGCUGGAGAGCUGUAUGCCAGCUUCACCAGCAAUACCAAAUGUCUGCCCGGAGGGACACUGCUGACCUCAGAACAGCUGCUGAUGAAAUCUUUGCCCUGCUGUAAGCAGACACAUCACUACCAUUCCCUAAGUUCUGAGAACCCCUCAGUUCACACAGGAACCUUGGACCCAGACCCUUGGCACAUUCCAGUUGCAUCUGUUUGAGGAGUCUUGCUUCUGAGAAAGACACCCAGACAGGACAAUCAUAUCUCAGAGGCUUGGUUUUGUUUACAUUCCUAUUCCAUAUCAGUAUGAGGACUUCAAACCGACUCACAUUCAGGCAGCUGAAAGCUACAGCAUGUGUGCAGUGCUCAGAAACUUCCCUCUCUUCCUCUUCCUUGGAAGCUGAAAUGGGCUUCCCAGCUGGGAAUGACUGAGCUGAGCUGAGUGUUGCAUCAGACUAACUGAGCUGAGAUGGGCUUUCUUUCUGAGAAUUACUGAGCUGAGAUGGGCUUUCCAGCUGAGAGCAACUGAGCUGAAAUGGAUGUCCUAUCUGAGAAUGACUGAGCUGAGCUGAGUGUCCCAUCUGAGAAUUACUGAGCUGAGAUGGGUGUCCCAUUUGAGGAUAACUGAGCUGAGAUGGGCUUUCCAACUGAGAAUAACUGUGCUGGUGUCACCACCUGCCUGGGGAGUCAGACAUUGCAGUCCAGAAGCUCAGUGCUCUCCCCUCGAGUUAAAGAAGGGAGGUGGGAGGGAAAUUUGUGUGCUGCUCUCCUGGGAGGGGACAAGCUUCCCAAGAGCUGUAGGGAACGCUGCUGCUCCAUAGCAUCAGUUUGCCCAAUGGUAAGAUCCUGGGAAAGGUGACCCUUUUCUUUGCCAGCAGCCUUCUGGUAGAGUUUGGAUGAUGCAGAGAGGCUUUUGCUGAGAAUUCACACAGCUCUCUGCAGGCCUGGGAGGUCUGGAGGCAAUUUCCUGGUGUCGCUGUCUAAAACUUGCUGUAGAACUUCUGCCAUGUGAAGCUUAAGCACAGAGACAUCAGUGGAUAGUCCAGAGAGUGCAUCAAGUUGCUCUGCAAGCUUCAGUGGACAGUUUGCUAGUAAAGCUUUACCAUAGCAACUGAAAUAUUGAUGAAGCUUUCAGCAGUUCAGCCUAAACAAUUGCUGCAGAGCGAGGGGAAGUGUUGCUGCUACUGAAACUUGGAAGCUCACUGCAAGGAAACAUUGGGAGUUGAUAGUGACCAAAUCCUAGCACAGAGCCUUGGUAGCAUUCAGAGUCACAGGGGAGUCUCAUGGAGAGUUUAUCAGUGAAACUCUCCUGGCUUGCCUCUUGGCAACAUGAAGAGGCCUGGCAAAAAAUGUGACUUGCUUCUUCAGGUGCCACCUGCACUCUUUGAAAUAUCAGCUUCCAUCUGCAACAGCUCAAGAGGUCUUUUGCACCAUUUCUAUUUGGAAUGAGAUGCUUUCACCCUGUUUGGAGAGUCAGCCUGGGCCUCUCUCUCUUUCCUGCUUCCCACUCACUGAGUUCUGUCCAGCUGUCUUUUCAUCAGCUUAGUUAACCUAAAAGAGAAGCUUCUUCACUGACUCUUGGGUGUUUUUUGAUGGGGAGCACCGUGGAGCAGUGCUGUACAAACACUGGCUGCUACUGCUGCUGCUGCCUUCUGGGCUUGUUCCAAAGCUGGCUGCAUCACUUUGCAUUUGCCAGCACCACACAGGCUUCCCCAGACAAAAUAUAUCACUUCAAAAUGGUAUCCCAGGUAGGAGGUUCUGGUAGGUGUGGGUGGGAUUUCAGCUCUUUCCCUAUCUCCUCUCUUUCCAGCUUGUUUGAGGUGCCCUAGAGAAAAGGGGCAGGGGGGAAGUAAAGGAAAAGCCCAGAAUAGCAGGAAUUUGCAGCUUCUUGUCAGAAAUUCCCUCCUGUGGGAUGUUAGCAUCACACUGCAGAGGAACAGGUUCUGUCUGCAGGACCUGCCCUGCAGCUGGCAGUGCUGAGGUGGCUGUCGGACUGCCUGCCAGAUGCAGCUGUCAGAGAAGCCCAAGCACUGCACCCUAUGUUAAGUCAUACCUGACAGCACUGCUCCCUGCCCUGCCUCUCUUCUCAGUGUGCGGUGAUUUGGGUGUCAGGAAUGACUCAGAGCUGCUCAGAAACUUGUCACAGGACACUGAUGCCAGGAGCAGUACUGAGAACCACUGAGGUUCAGGCAGCUGAGUCUCUGGUGUCUUUCAAAAGUCAGCUGCAGGCCUCAGCUCAGCUUCCCUUGUGCCAGAUAAGUCCUGACCUGCUCCAGUAGUGAAGGUCCACAAAAGACAUCCUUUUGGUAGCUUGUCUAAAAGGCCAAGCAAUGUUUUACAUGGGCCUGAAGGUCAGUCUUCAUUCCUCCAGCAGGCUGUUGGCAGUGUCCAGCCACCCUGUGCGUGGCAGCUGCUGUGGCUGUGCUUGGAGCAGAUGCCUUGCUCAGGGCACCUUCAGCAGUGACCUGAGUUUGCUCAUCACCAGCAGGAGGUCAGAGGGUUAUCAGGUGAUUCUCCUUCUGCUGCCUGCUUGUAUUCAGAUCAGUCUUGAGGAAUGUAGUCAUAGAAUGGUAGACCUUGAAAGGGACUUCAGAGAGCAUCCAGUCCAGUGCUCCUUCCACCCAGGGCAGGUGACACAGGAGCACAUCCAGACAGGUUUUGAAGAUCUCCAGAGAAGCAGACUCUGAGCAGCCUGCUCCAGACCUCCAGCAAACUCACACCAAAGAAAUUUCUCCUCAUGUUGAGGUGGAACCUCCUAGGUUCCAGCUGGUGUCCUUGCCCAGGACACCACUGAAAAAAGGCUGACCCCUGCUUCUUGACACUCACCACUCAGACCAUCAGUAAAGAUUCCCUCUUGGGUUUCUCUUCUCCAGCCUAAACAGCCACAGGGCUCUCAUCCUGUCCUUGUCAGACAGAUGUUCCAGUCCCUUCACCAUCCGUUGGACUCUCUCCAGAAGAUCCCUGUCCCCCUUGAACUGGGGAGCCCAGAACUGGGCACUACAUUCCAGCUAUAGUCUCACUGAUCUCACCAGGUGUGUUUCUCGUCCAUGCUUUAGUUUGAUCCAGCACUACCCCACCACAUACACCCCACAGGUGUGCUUUGGAUGCAAGCAGCCUGAACAAGCAAGAGGCCACAGUGACCCAAGGAGAGGAGCUGCGAGGUGCUGUCAUCGUCAGACAGUCCUUCUGUUCAGUAACAGUGAAUGUUCCUUCUCAUGCAAACCCUCAGGUGUAACUCUUGUGGUGGUUGUGAGACUCCUGAGAGGACAGCAUCCUGACUUGGUUCUCAUUGCAGUAGCAAAUAGGAGUUUCUCUCAUCCCCUGCAGUCAGUGGUUGUUGCUGACCAAGUGGGGAAUUCAGCCAAUAGUUUGUUACCUGCAGAACUGAGCUGGAGACCACAGACUGGUGUUCCAGACACUGGGCACCUUACCAGAAGGUGUGUGGAGCUGGAGAGACAGAGGCUGGGUGUCAGCUGCCACACUUCUUCAGGAGCAUGUUUGCCUUCCUGAGAAGCUGUUUGGGCUUUGUAAUAUACUCUGGAAGGCAGGGGAGACCAGAACCUCCUGAGACCAGAAACCUGCAUUUGUUGUAAACUGCAUCUAAACUGCUUCUACGCCAGAGGGACCAUUUCCAGCUGUCAGCCAUGCUGGGCAGGCUGCAUCACUGCACCCAGACUGUCACACACACUCCAUUUGUGAUCCAUAGAAUCCAACAGAAUGGGUUGGGUUGGAAGGGACCUUAAAAACCGUCCAGUUCCAACACCUCUGGCAUGGACAGGGAAUCCUCCCAUCAGAUCAGGUUGCUCAGGGCCUCAUCCAAACUCCAAACUGGCUUUCAACACCUUCAGGGAGAGGGCAUCCACAACCUCCCUGGGCAACCUGUGCCAGUCUCUCCCCACUCUCACUGCAAAGAAUUUCUUCCUCAUCUCCAGUCUCACACUCCCCUCUUCCAGCUCAAAGCCAUUGUCCCUUGUCCUGGCACUACAAGCCCUUCUAAACAGUCCCUCCCCAGUUCUCCUGUAGCCCCUUCAGGUACUGGAAGGCUGCUCUAAGCUCUCCCUGGAGCCUUCUCCAGGCUGAGCAGCCCCAACUCUCCCAGCCUGUUCCCAUAGAGGAGGUGCUGGGUUUCAGCUGGCUGGUAGCUGAGGUGUGCAUUGUGAUGAGUGCUGCUGUGCUGCCCACUUGGGUUUCUGCCCUGUUGUUGGAACUGCUGCCCUGCCCUGGUGGUGUUCUUGUCACUGUGCAGAGCCUUGUAUUAAAAGGUGUUUGACUAGAGAAAA